AUGGCCUCUGUAGACCGACCGAGACGUUCAACUCGGAAAACGACCAAGCUUAUCGAAGCAAUGUCCGACGAGAAGGCGACAACAUCGAACAAUUGUAAACGAAAGGUCACAGUGGACUCUAACGCGAACUUCGACGAUGGAGAAUACGAACUGUCCGACCUCCUUGAGUAUCCCCAAAGUGCUUUAACAACUAUGGAUAUUUCAAACCUAAUCAACGCGUCUACAUGGGAAAUGCUCUCCCCAGAAUAUCGUGCAAAAUUAGCUAAACUGUUACCGCCUACCGCUUUCAAAGGCUAUUCGCCGAAUAUUAGCUCUAAUCAUCCUGCGUAUCAAAGUUCACCAACCGUUGAGGGUUCUUCAUCGUCUGAUAACCCGAAUCAUGACCCAGACCCAAACACAGUCGACCCCAACUUUUUCAACGACCUACAUUUUCUAGCUGCCGCGCGUACAUUUCAAGACCAUAUAUAUUCCGGAUGGCUUACAGAGGAGCAUAAAGCCAAAGUGAAACAGUGGGAGGAGGAUGUGAGAGACGGGAAGGUGGCGGCACCUUGGAAGGAUGAAGAAUGGGAGAAGAAUGCCGCAGUGGAGGAGGCUGAAGAAGCUGAAGAAACCUCUGCUGCCGGCAGUGCAAGUAAAAGUCAAACGCAAACCAAUAGGGGUAUGCCAGCGUUAGAGAUCAGAUUACAUGAACUUGCGCGACAUUCAGUUAUACAAGUUGGGGACAUACUCUCUUACAAGAGACAUUUUAAUAAUCUGGACCUUACGGUUGAAAAGGACGUCCUCAUAUACUCAAACAACACUCGUCAACGAUCUCUCACCAUCUUUCUUGAACGUGAAACUACUCAACAUCUUCCUCUUAACCUCUUACUUCCCGAUCCAGAGCCUGACCCGACCGGCACCACUCAAUCAAUCGAGGUCACCUCUCCGACAAUGCUGGAGACCGCCAUUUUGGAUCUUGAUGGAAGAGUAGGAAAGGACAGGAGACCUAACGGGAAUGCAUGGAAAUGUUUCACCGUUUGGAGAUGGAGGGAGGGUACAGAAGGAGGUGGAGAUGAGAAGGGAGGAAGAGAGAACCACGGAACAUUGUUCUAUCUGAGGGGGUGUAUCUACUCGGACAGAUGA